GCCCUGCGCAAGCGGAAGCUGCUGGUUUGCUGGAAGCAUGGCGGCUUCUUCGAGCGGUGAGAAGGAGAAGGAACGGCUUGGAGGCAGCUCUGCCUCGGCAGGUAGUAACAGUACGCGGGAGCGACUGUUGUCUGCACUUGAAGAUCUGGAGGUCUUGUCAAGGGAACUUAUAGAAAUGCUAGCAAUUUCAAGAAACCAAAAGUUGUCACAGGCUGGGGAGGAAAACCAGGUUCUUGAGCUGUUAAUCCACCGAGAUGGGGAAUUUCAGGAACUAAUGAAAUUGGCACUUAAUCAGGGAAAAGUCCAUCAUGAAAUGCAAGUUUUAGAAAAAGAAGUAGAAAAGAGAGAUAAUGAUAUUCAGCAGCUGCAGAAACAGCUAAAAGAAGCUGAACAGAUACUGGCAACAGCUGUUUACCAAGCAAAAGAGAAACUCAAGUCAAUAGAAAAAGCAAGAAAAGGUGCUAUCUCCUCUGAAGAAAUAAUUAAGUAUGCACACAGAAUUAGUGCAAGUAAUGCUGUAUGUGCCCCACUGACCUGGGUUCCAGGGGACCCACGAAGACCGUAUCCAACCGAUUUAGAGAUGAGAAGUGGAUUGUUGGGUCAGAUGAACAAUCCAUCCACGAAUGGUGUGAAUGGUCAUUUACCAGGUGAUGCCCUUGCAGCAGGUAGACUACCAGAUGUCCUUGCCCCACAGUAUCCAUGGCAGUCAAAUGACAUGUCUAUGAACAUGUUACCACCAAACCACAGUAAUGACUUUUUGUUGGAACCUCCUGGGCAUAAUAAGGAAAAUGAAGAUGAUGUAGAGGUUAUGUCAACGGACUCCUCAAGCAGCAGUAGUGACUCUGAUUAAAAACAUGGGACGGCCUGCAGAACUGAAAGCCACAGAGUUCUGGUUCUCGUACAGUAACAAGGAGGUAUAAACAGCAGAGGCAGAAGGAGAAGCCACAUAAAUGUUGGCUAAAGUGGAUUUGUGCAACCCAUUAAAAAUCAACAUGGGUUUUCCUUUUAAAGCCCCAAAUCAUGGUUUUAGUUUUAAUCCACCAGGCAAAUAUUUGGGGAUUAGUUAAAAUUCACUCUUGGAAAGAAAGAGUAUUCAGUAGUUCAGUGCUUUCCUGCUCUGUUCUGUUCCUUUUAUGAUGUAUUUGUGCAUAGUUCUGAAAAUAAGAUUUGAGAGACAUAAGCCCUGCACAUAUCAUUAAUAUACUUUCAGGAAUUGUUUAAAACAGGGCAGUGGAUUACUGAAAUAUGUUGUGUUUCAGAAUAAAAAUUCAUUGAAAGUGAAGUCUCAGCUUCAGUUUCAGGAGCAGAAGAACAGUUGUAUUAUUUUUUAAUUGUAAUUUUUGUAAAUAAAUGUGUUUCUGUUUGUAUAAUUUUCUUUUCUGCUUUUUAAGAUAGGGUCUUGCUUUAUAAUUCAGGCUGGAUUUUAACCCACUGCAUACCCCAGGUUAGCCUUGAACUCAUGGCAAUUCUCCUGCCUCAGCCUCCCGAGUGCUAGGAUUAUGCAUCAUCACACCUGGCUAUAUAUUGCUUUUUAAUUUAAAUUUACAUUCUUUGAAGUAUUUAUCUUAAUGACUGGUCUGUUAUAUGGAUGAGUUUUAUUGUAUCUGCUUUUUUAUUAUUGGAUACUUUAAUGUCUUUUUUUUUUUAAAUUCUUGCUGCAAAAUUUUAGGAAAGAUUCAGAAAGAAUAUGUAUUUUUAAAAAAUUCAAUAUUGUAUCAGUUUUGAGUUGCUGCUGGAACAAACUGCCACAGAUUCAUUGGCUUAAACAGCAUAAAUAAGAUACCCUAUAGUUCUGUAGGUCUGAAGUCCAAACUGGGUUUCACUAAGCUAAAUCCCAGAUGUGGCCAGGAUUGCUUUCUUUCCUGGAGGCUGCCGGGUUUUAGGAGGUUGCCCUGGUUCUGUGGCUCUGGGCUCCCAGUUUUUGAAUUUCUCCUAUUGCAUCACUGACAUUCUUCUGCCCACAUUGUCCAGGUAAGAACAAGCCUUGUGGAGCCAGCCUGAUCCCCUUCAGUGUCCCCUCCAGCGGUACACUGAGCCUGUCCUAUUCUAGUCCCCUUUGUUAAGGAUGGGCCUGACCUUGUGAGCUCCUCAAGCUGAAAUCUUGAAUGAUUUCCUUUCUCCUGAUUUUCUUACUCUUUUAUAAAGGACUGGUCUGAUCUUCAUCAGCAAUUCAAGCUAAAGUCCAUCACUUUCUCUUUCUGAGUAAAGUUUUUUUUUCCUAUUUAAAAAACAAAGAAUCUGUGAUUAUACUGGAUCUACUGGAUUAUUUAUAAAAAUCAGCAGGUUAGGAACUUUAUUGUGUUUGCUAUUGUGUUGUUAAACUAUGAUGUUCAGUAGGUUAGGUGUAUUAAAUACAUUUUUCGUGUACAGUAUUUCAAAUCAUAAUGGUUACCAGGGUAUAAUAUCAUAAGUCUAGGAGCAUCUGUCUUUACAGUAAUCAAAAUGUGAAAGUUGGUACAGUGGUUACAUACCUGUGAUCCCAGCACUUGUUAGGCUAGGGCCAGCCUGCGCUGCAUAUUGAGACCCUGUUUCAAACAACAAGAAGAAGUGGAGGCAACUCAAGGGUCCCUUGAUGGAUGAAUGGAUGAAAUGUGAUUUACAGAUACAGUGGAAUAUUAGCCUGAAAAGAAAAAUUGUAAAGAAGCUGUAUAUGUGGCUAGACCUUAACAUAAUGGAAGUAAAAUAAGCUACCCACAAAAAGACAAAUACUACAUGAUUUCACUUUUAUGAGAUACCUGGAAUAGUUAUUUAUAAAGACAAAAUGAAAAGGUAGUUACCAGGAACUAGGGGAAGUUGAGUAGUUAGCAUUUAGUGGGUAUAGAAUUUGAACAAGGGAAAAUGAAAAACAUUUUGCAGAUGGAUGCUGAUUAUGCAGCAGCACUAUAAAACUUAACUGCCAGGGCUGGGGAUUUAGUUCAGUGGCGUAAGUGCCUGCCUUGCAAGUGCAUGUCGUGAGUUCGAUCCCCGGUACCAAUAAAAAAACAAAAAAAAACUUAACUGCCAAGAUGAAAAAUUGGAGCCCUCGUAUAUUUCUGCUAUGGAAUGGGACAGUCACUUUGGUAAACCAUUUGGCUGGUCCUCAGAAAUGAAACAUAGUUAAAACUGUAUGACACAGCGAUUCCAUUCUUAGGUCUGUAUCCAAGAGAACUGAAAAUACAACUACAAAAGUUUGUAUGCAAAUGCUAUCAGAAGCGGUACUCAGAGUAGAAAAUGGAAACAAGCAAGUGUCUCCUUGAUACAUGGGUAAAUAAAAUGACAUAAUGGAACAACUUUUAACCAUAAAAAAGACGGAAAGAUUGAUACAUGUCUUAGAGCAGGGAUACCCCUGGAGGACACGUGCUAAGAGAAGCUAGCUACACCCACAUGUGAGUCCGUUAGUGAUUUCAGGGGUGCAGGGACAGGUGGAUGGGGAGUGAUGCUAAUCUGAUGCAAUGAAAAAGUUCCAAGUUCGAUGGUGAUUGAAUAAUUCUGAAUGUACUCAAGCCUGCUGAAUUGUACUUUAAACAUUUUUAAUGGUGUAUGUGCUAUUUUGAUGAAGAAGUGUAAUAUGGAUUUGAAACGUCGAUAUGGUGAAGCAACACUUAGGGAAGGGUGGCAAGCAUUUGGGCUCACGGAAGGGUGGUAGACGUAAGGCCCUUGCACGUAGUUGGCACACGGGUGCAAAAUGAAAUGUUUUGUAGGACCUUGAGUACAAACUUAACAGUUUUCAGUUUUUUGAGGGAUACAAAGUGGAAGGCAUGGAUUAUUCCUGUCCAUCAACACCUGGUGUUACCUUUCAUUAUUUUUUUUAAUAAUAAAACUACUCAAAUGCAGCACUGA